AUUAAGUAUGAAUCAAUACUUCUGAAAUAACUUGAAUGUUCAGGUUAAUAACAAUAUCAAUCCAAAUACAUUAUCAUUUAAUAAUAUUGGCAAUUUGUCGAUAAAUCCAAUGAAUUUGACAUCAUACCAGAAACCCAGGGUGGGAAGGAAUAUGGGAUCUUAUGCCACAGCUGAAAAUACAAUAAACGAAGAGAAAUAUAUUAGAAUCCCUCAGAGCCAUCAAUCUAAAAUGGAUUUUUAUCAGUUAAUGCAACAAUUAUGCAAAAUUCCAGCUAAAAAAUCGAAAAAGAAGCAAUCAAAGACCAAAAAGACCUCUUAUCUAAAAGGCUACAGGCCAUCUUACAACCCCAAACUUAAGCCUAGGUACACUCUCAGUUCAAAACCGCCCACCUCCAAGCCUUAUAAGCCAAAGCAUAGAGGGCAGAUGAAAUCAAAACCUUCAAAAAGUCUUCACAAAUCUCUUUUCUCCUGAACCUCUUAUAAAUAAUCAGAACCCUAAAUAUUUGACUCAGACAACGAAUUCAGGUAAGAAGAAAGGCAGGAAGAAGAAGAGGUGUUCUUCUAAUUUCAAGAAUUCCUUGAAGCUAAACAGCACUGAUCUACCGAGACUACUCUCUUCAAAUAACGGCAUGGAUUAUCUGUACUCAAAUGAUUAUACAGAGAGUAUUUACUCUGAACAAGACUUUGGAAUGUCAGAACAAGCAUAUGCGUAUGAUCACGAAGAUCUUGAAGCUGAAAUCAUGAAGGUGAAAAUAGAGAAAAGUUCACUUCCGAUCAACAUUUGAUUAGAUACUAAGGCUUUUCAAGCUUUUAAAUAA